AAAGUUAUCUACCGUCUUUCAAAUUUGGAACAAUCAAAAUGACACCUAAAAAUCAAAACCUGACGCCUGUCAUCGGCUAAAAAACAUAAAAUCACAAUUUUUUACUUUGAUAUCUACAUACCACUAUGUAUUAUAUUUUGAAAUAAGGUAAAGUUAUAUAAAUCUUUCUAAAGUUUACUUAAGUUUCUGUAAACUCGCAUUGUUUUUAUGAAGAUUUUGUAAAUUUUGUUAGUAGAUAAGUUGCUAUUGUUGUCAUGCCGUUGGUUAUAAAUAAAAUAUUAUGAUAUAUCAAUAGCUGAUCAUGGAUGAUGAAUAACUUCUGAUUGGAUAAAUAUUCUCCAUAGUUUUAUACGUUGCUACUGAAAAAUGUUAGAAGCUAGCAACGCGGAAAAUGCCACAGUUACUGCACCAGCUACAAACACGGAAAUUACAAAAGAAGAGAAUGACGUCGCCCGCUCGGAAGCAACGUUCCGCUACACAGUACAAAACAUAAGUCAACUCAAGGAGCAAGUGUUGUCGCCUCCCUGCUACGUGCGAUGCCUGCCUUGGAAAAUCCUGAUACUCAUCAGGAAUACAUCGACGCCGGAAAGGCAACAGCAAAAAGCGUUGGGGAUAUUCUUACAGUGCAACGGCGAUUAUGAUACACCUGGCUGGUCCUGUUACGGACUGGGCGAGCUGAAACUCCUAUGUCACAAGCCAGACGGAACACAUUUGUGCAGAAAACUUCAUCAUAUGUACCAUUGUAAAGAGGACGACUGGGGCUUCGCUCACUUCAUAUCAUGGGAUGACCUUAUGGACCCAAACAAUGGUUUCGUAAAAGACGAUGCGAUCAUAGUAGAAGCACACGUAGUGGCCGAGGCUCCACACGGCAUCUCGUGGGACUCCAAAAAGCAUACGGGAUAUGUAGGGUUGAAGAACCAAGGCGCUACUUGCUACAUGAAUUCUUUGCUCCAAACGCUAUUCUUCACGAACGUUCUGCGGAAAGCCGUAUACAAGAUUCCCACAGUCGGUGACGACAGCUCCCGGUCUGUUGCGUUCGCUUUACAGCGCGUAUUCUAUGACCUCCAAUUCUUAGACAAACCUGUUGCGACAAAAAAGCUGACAAAGAGUUUUGGUUGGGAGACGUUAGAUUCUUUUAUGCAGCAUGAUGUUCAAGAAUUUCUAAGGGUGCUCCUAGACAAGCUUGAGAAUAAAAUGAAGGGCACUGUGGUGGAAGGCACCGUGCCCAAGCUGUUUGAGGGUAAAAUGACUUCAUUCAUCAAGUGCAAGAAUGUUAAUUGUACCAGCACGCGGUUGGAAACCUUCUACGAUGUGCAGCUCACCGUCAAAGGAAUGAACAACAUUUACGAAUCGUUCAAAGACUACAUAAGUAUAGAGCUUCUGGACGGCGAGAACAAGUACGACGCUGGUGAACACGGUCUGCAGGAGGCUGAGAAGGGGGUGCGGUUUGACGAGUUCCCGCCGGUGCUGCAUCUGCAUCUCAUGCGGUUCCAGUACGACCCACAGAGUGACGCAUCCGUCAAGUUUAACGACAGGUUCGAAUUCUAUGAAGAAAUCAACUUGGAUCCGUACUUACAAGAGAUACCGUCCACUCCCGCGCAUUAUACGCUGCACGCUGUGUUGGUACAUUCGGGCGACAACCACGGCGGUCAUUAUGUGGUAUUCAUCAACCCGAAGGGAGAUGGCAAGUGGUGCAAAUUUGACGACGACGUAGUUUCGCGAUGCAGCAAGCAAGAGGCCAUCGAGUACAACUACGGAGGCAAGGAGGAUGCGCCGCACCUCGCGCGCCGAGCUACCAGCGCCUAUAUGCUCAUAUACAUACAGACAUCACAGCUGAAGUACGUUCUUCAGGACGUGUCGGAGAGCGACAUACCCAGCGACCUGUGUGAGCGGAUCAACGAGGAGAUGCGGUACGAGAUGGUAAGGACAUGCGGCAGAAAAAUGAGAUGCAGAAAGUAUAAAUCCGACACGUCAGUCAGUUCAGCCAAGUACUACGCAAGAAUUUUCAGCGCACUAAAACAGUUCUUCACUUUGCAGGCCCUAGCUGGCUCUAAAUAUAAAGGAAGAUAAGCUAACGAAACACAAAGGAGCAAAAACCCGAACAAGUGUUUACGUGAUAUUUGACAUAAUUUUGAAAUAACGUUUUACCGAUGGCGCUCUUUUAUUAUAUACUUAGUAAAUUCGUCUGGUAGGUUGAUAAGCUUCAUAUCAUUGCUUUGUGUAUAUUUUGUUGUUAUUAUUUAUGUACCGUAAUAAAAUUUGUUGCGAACUAAG